CUUGGGGCGCCGCCGGUGCCGGACCCCGCGCCCCCCCCGCGCCCCCGGUACCAGGGCCCGGCCGUGAUGGCGGCGGCGCCGGCGGCCGAGAGACCCAAGACUUCCCCGAAAUCUGUGAAGUUUCUCUUCGGCGGCCUGGCCGGGAUGGGGGCUACAGUCUUUGUUCAGCCCCUGGACUUGGUGAAGAAUCGGAUGCAGCUGAGCGGGGCCGGGGCCAAGGGCCGUGAGUACCGGACGUCCCUGCACGCCCUGGGGUCCAUCCUGCGCCACGAGGGACUGAGGGGCAUCUACACGGGGCUGUCAGCAGGGCUUCUACGCCAGGCCACCUACACCACCACCCGCCUGGGCAUCUACAGCGUCCUCCUGGAGCGUUUUGGUGGUGCUGAUGGAACCCCCCCUCCAUUCCUGGCCAAGGCAGCCAUGGGAAUGACGGCAGGGGCUGCGGGGGCCUUUGUGGGGACCCCGGCUGAGGUGGCCCUCAUCCGCAUGACAGCUGAUGGCAGGCUGCCCCCUGGUGAGCGCCGCGGCUAUCACAACGUGUUUGAUGCCCUCGUGAGGAUGGCAAGGGAGGAAGGGGUGUUCACGCUGUGGAGGGGCUGUAUCCCCACCAUGGCCCGUGCUGUGGUGGUCAACGCUGCCCAACUUGCCUCAUACUCCCAAUCCAAACAAUUCUUGCUUGACUCUGGGCAUUUCCGUGACGACAUCCUGUGCCACUUCUGUGCCAGCAUGAUCAGUGGGCUGGUGACCACGGCAGCCUCCAUGCCCGUCGACAUCGUCAAGACCCGGAUCCAGAACAUGCGGACAAUAGAUGGGAAACCUGAGUACCGCAAUGGGCUGGACGUGCUGCUGAAGGUGGUGCGGUAUGAGGGCUUCUUCAGCCUCUGGAAGGGCUUCACCCCCUACUAUGCCCGCCUGGGCCCCCACACCGUGCUCACCUUCAUCUUUCUUGAGCAGAUGAACAAGUGGUACCAGCGGCUCUUCCUCAGUGCCUGACACCCCCCGGGGGGGGCGGGGGGGCGGUCGGGGGAAUCUGACCCCAUCCCGUAGGCUCUGAGGGCGUCUGACCUCUCCCUCAGGUGCUGUGGGGGUGCCUGACCCCCACCCCACCAGGGGCUGGAGGCUAGGUGACUCUAUAGGAGUGCCUGACCACCCCCAUCAAGGCUAUGAAGUGGCCCUGGGGCCCUAUGGAGGGGCCCUGGGCCUGAUACAGGGGCACUGGAUCCCUCCCAUGGGGACAGCAGGGGAUGUCUUGUCCCUACGGGGCAGCCCUAUAGAGACUGUAGGGUGCCGUCCCCAUGUGCCCCCCUCCCACCCCUCCGGGGGGUUUUGUUACCAGCCAGUAUCAAGGUCACAGCGUGGGGCAAGAGCCCCCCCCAGAUUCCCCCCCCCCCCCCCCACUUCCCCCAGCACCCUCCACCCUGCGCUUUGUUAAUGAAUCAUGGAUCGUGAUCAUGUAAUUAAAGCAAGACCUACAGACAUUG